AUGAGCGCUCCGCCACCUUCCGCGUCCGCACCUCUGCCACCGUGCUACCGCGCCAAGCCCCUCCGCGUCAGCUGUGUCCAGUUCGACGUCAAGCUAGGUCGCGUCGAAGAGAAUGCCGCCAAAGUCGAGGCCAUGACGGCGCGCUUGGCGCCUGGUUCCGUCGACCUCCUCGUCCUUCCCGAGAUGGCGCUGAGUGGUUACAUGUUCGCGUCGCCUGCCGCCAUUGCACCAUACCUCGAGGCUCCCAAGACUGGCCCGACUGCACGCCUCGCAACCGCCCUCGCCGCCCGCCUCCACUGUUACGUUGUGGCGGGGUAUCCUGAGGUUAUCCCCGGAGCCAAGAUCACCAAGGAGGUUGAGGCCGAGGCCCUCGGCGUAGGGUACAACUCGGCUGUUCUGGCUGGGCCCGAGGGCGUGAUUGGCAACUAUCGCAAGACGUUCCGCUUCGAGACGGACAAGACGUGGGCACGUGAGGGCGAUGGAUUCGCCUUCUUCGACCUUCCCGAGCCCCUCGGCCGUGUCGGCUUGGGAAUCUGCAUGGACCUGAACCCGCGCGACUUCAUAGCCCCAUGGAACGCCUUCGAGCUAGCCACGUUUGCAGUCGACAAUGGCGUUGACGUUCUCGUCGUCCCGAUGAACUGGCUUGACCCCGCGGAGCAGGACCACGAUUCGGACUCGGACGAGGAUGAUGGCCUCGCAGUUCCCCCUCGCGACCCUAAUGCGCCUUCCGAGUCUAACCUCAACUACUGGGCAGCCCGCCUUGCUCCGCUGCACGACCCCACCCCGCGUUACUCGGAGGGUGGGGCGGUUGAGCCCGCCGCUGGCAAGGAUGUCGUGUUCGUCGCGGCCAACCGUGUCGGCAAGGAGGAAGGAACAACGUUUGUCGGCACGAGCUGCGUCAUGUCGAUCAGUAGUGUGCCGAGCCGCAUCGAACUGGUCGAAGUGUGCAACAGGACCGAGGAGCGUGUUCUCGUAGCAGAGAUUGUUUAG